UGCAGGACCUAGCAGAAAGACAGAAAGGAACAGGAUUAUGAAACUGUAGAAAGGAAGGGAACCAGGGACAGCAGAAUCACUCUCCUUAGCAUUUCACUGGAGUGCGCAGGGCCCCGCCCUUCGACACAAGAGGCCAGCUCCACUCAAAUCACCUUGAUUACAGGUUUUAUGGCUCUGCAUUCCUAAAGGCAAAUCAACUAGCUGCAGAAUCAGUGGACCUUAAACUUUACCAAGCACUGUUGUGUUCCUGUGUUGAUCUUUAGGAGCAACCAGCGUGCUGGUGAAAGUACCUGGCUCUCUGUGGGGAGGUUCAAGAGGGGCACCUUUUACUUUCUAGUUUGCCUGGAUUUAACUUGUUUGAGCACCUGCACAACCCAGCUGCGACAGCUGCUUCCCAGCCAGCAUUGUUUCAAACUUUCAAUGGAUUGAAGACUCCCCCCCCCGCCCACCUAGAAGAAAAACAAUGUUUAAAAAGAAUAUGGCCCCGAGAAGAACGCAGCAGGUGCGGGCGGGGCCUUCCACGGAGCAAUCCUACGUCUACAAGGUGGUUCUGCUGGGGAGCACGGCCGUGGGAAAGUCAAGCAUAGCCUUCCGCUAUGUGAAAAAUGACUUCAGGGAAUCCAUGCCCACUGUGGGAUGUUCUUUCUUCACCCAGCUGGUAUGUUUAGAGACUGCCACGAUUAAGCUUGAGAUCUGGGACACUGCAGGACAAGAGAAGUACCAUAGCGUUUGCCGUCUUUAUUACAGGGGAGCUAAUGCUGCCCUUCUUGUAUAUGACAUUGCCAGAAAGGCAACUUUUGCGAGAGCAAAGCUGUGGUUGAGGGAAUUAGAGAAGGAAUUUCUUCACGAUGAGAUUGUGAUUGUUUUAGUCGGCAAUAAGACAGAUCUUGCCGCUCAGCGGGAAGUCACCUUUGAGGAGGCGGAGGAGUUUGCAAAGAGCAGAAGCUUAAUCUACAUGGAAACGUCGGCAAAAUCCAACCACCACGUGACCGAAGUCUUUAUGGCCGUAGCUCACAAGCUAUUGAAACAGGAACAACAGAAGGAAUCAGCCCUUCAGCAUCAGCCCUGGAAGAAGUCACGUGUGGAUCUGCGAGAGCCAAGCAAUCAGACUAAGAAGUGUUGCAUGAACUAAAGGAAAUGGCAGACUGACCUAGGUUUACCAUCAAAUGCGUUUUUAUUGUGGGGGAGGGAAGGAAUGCUGGCCCUAUGUAUUGUGUGAAGUGCUGUUUUUGCCAAGGCAGCAUGGUUCUCGGGGCAGCUUGUGUGUCACUGUGAUUAUUGCUUUUUAAAAAAAUUAUUAUUGUCAGUGUUCGAUUGAAGAAUUGUACGAGAGGAGAUAUUGCCGAGUGCAAGGGACCUGAAAAGCCCUGCAAAUCUCCUCUCGCUUGUGUUUGUUCAGUGUUAUCAUUAUACAAGAAUACAUUGUAAAGUAUCUUCACAAAUAAAAACAGCAAAAAGGAGGAGUAGUUUCUCUCCCCCCCCACCUUUGCAAAUUCUAUAAAACUUUUACAGAAGCUGUUAACGUUAAGGUCACCCAGUCAUUAAAUGCAAGACAUGGAAUAGCCAGAAUAUGCAGAUCAAGUUUAAUAUUGCUGUAAGAACUCAUGAUUUUCAUAGAAUCAUAGAAGAUCAGGGGUGGAAGGGACCUCCAGAGGUCAUCUAGUCCAACCCCCUGCUCAAUUCAGGACCAAUCCCCAACUAAAUCAUCCCAGCCAGGGCUUUGUCAAGCUGGGCCUUAAAAACCUCAAAGGAAGGAGAUUCCACCACCUCCCUAGGUAACCCAUUCCAGUGUUUCACCACCCUCCUAGUGAAAAAGUUUUUCCUAAUAUUCAGUCUAAACCUCCCCCACUGCAACUUGAGACCAUUACUCCUUGUUCUGUCAUCUGCUACCACUGAGAACAGUCUAGAUCCAUCCUCUUUGGAACCCCCUUUCAGGUAGUUGAAAGCAGCUAUCAAAUCCCCCCUCAUUCUUCUCUUCUGCAGACUAAACAAUCCCAGCUCCCUCAGCCUCUCCUCAUAAGUCAUGUGUUCCAGUCCCCUAAUCAUUUUUGUUGCCCUCUGCUGGACGCUUUCCAGUUUUUCCACAUCCUUCUUGUAGUGUGGGGCCCAAAACUGGACACAGUACUCCAGAUGAGGCCUCACCAAUGUCGAAUAGAGGGGAACAAUCACGUCCCUCGAUCUGCUGCAAUAUCCCUACUUAUACAGUCCAAAAUGCUGUCAUGAGUCUUGUGAUUUUUGGGACGUUUCUUAAAGUCCCAGCUGCUGGAGUCAAACGAUCACUUGAGAAACUUUAAAAAAAAAACAACUCCAAAGCUAACACUUUCUGGCCCUCAUGGUUGUGGAGAAAACUGAGAACAUGAAACAAGCACACCCUGAAGGUCCAGAAACCAGACUGUAAAUAAGGAGACCC